GCAGGAUUUAGAAGGCCAUGGAGUUUGCAAUAUAUACCUUCUUAACACUUGGUCUGCCUGCGACUGCGUCUGUGUCUCUGUGACUCUAACAGCUCGGCCUGGUUAAAGUAACCUCGGGAUCGUCCAGCGAACAUGGCCUCUGAGAAAAGGCUGUCUGCGAGGCGUAAGCACACCCUGAAGGGUUGCAUGCUCGUGGUGGCAGGUAAUUUGUUGGACGCUGAAGCGACUGUGAAGGCCAAAGAGAGAGAGACGUUUUUGGCAGAUAAAUGUCCUCCUGUUGAGCUGCCGUACUCCAGGGACGAGCUGCUGGAACUGUGCCAGAAGCUUCAUGAGCAGAUCAUCAUCAGUGAAGAUGAGAGAUACGGCAUAGAGUUCAAACUGAACAUGGUGCUGAAUGAGGUCAGGGACCUCAAUAUCAAGAUUGUGGAUUUGAGAGGAAAGUUCAAGAGACCCCGGCUGAAGAAAGUGCGCAUGUCUGCUGACGCCAUGCUCAAAGCUCUGCUGGGCUCCAAACACACUGUCAACAUGGACCUGAGGGCCAAUCUGAAGCAGGUCAAGAAGGAGGUGAAAGAGGAGGACAAGCAGCUGCGUGAUGUGGGAGACUGGCGUAAGAACAUUGAAGACAAGUCUGAUAGGAAGAAGAUGUUUGAUAGCUAAAUGCGAGGACAGAAAUCGGGUUUACUGUCUUUGUUAACUGAAGGGUUUUAAUCCAAAGUGAUGCAUUUCCCCUUUAAUUUUUACUUGAUCUGUAGAUCCUGAUCUUAGUAAACAUCAUCUAAAGGCAUAUGUUUGGUGGAAGGUUAUGGUGCUUACUAAGCUUCUGCUUUGGUACAGUAUGUGAUAAAUGGCCUUUACUUUAAUUCAAAGCUUGUGUUAAGGUGCAGUGAAAUGUAGGGAAUCUGUGAUAUGCGCUGAUGCCAGUGAAGCAUGGUUGUAGUUUUUGGAUAUCUCACUUUGAUUUAUACUCGUCACUAAUCUUCCUUCAUGCUUUAGCCUGUAUUGAAACUGUACUGUGAUAUAUUUGUACUGUGUUACAGUUAGUAUGUGUCAGAUAAAUCAAUUCUCUUUUUUCUCCUUUUGCUUUUACUAAUGUGCCUACGAUGUACGUUUCCUGAAACUGCAGUUUAGUGUCUGAGGUUAAAAUCCAAAUGCAAUGGACGCAUAUUUUGCAAAUAAAUCAUGACCCAUAUUCUAACUGGCCCAGCAUGAAUAAAUGAAACACUACAACAUGCUCUUUA